GACGCUUGGAUCAGGCAGGAGGGAUUUCAGGGGCCUCCUGAAAGAGCCAGGAGAGGAAUUCUCGCUCCUGGGAGCCCAAGUCCGCCCCCACACCCUGCUGUCUGGGAGCUCCGCACACCUUGGAUGGGGGAGGCGGCGCUCCUAGCCUAGCACCCCAGGAGGCGCGCUCCGAGGGUAGCAGCUACCGCUCCGCCUCUGCUUCGGCGCAGAACAAACGGUUAAAGAUUUUGGGCUGCGCCUCGCGGGGGGAGGAGCCAGGGGCCCAAUCCGCAAUUAAAGAUGAACUUUGAGUGAACUAAUUUGUGUCUAACCAAGCGGAGGAAGUUUCUGCAGAUGAAGCGCAGGAAAUACGGCUUCAUUUACAAGACACAUCUAUUUGGGCGGCCCACGGUUCGGGUGAUGGGCGCGGACAACGUGCGGCGCAUCUUGCUUGGAGAGCAUCGGCUGGUGUCGGUCCACUGGCCCGCGUCUGUGCGUACCAUCUUGGGCUCUGGCUGUCUCUCCAACCUGCACGAUUCCUCGCACAAGCAGCGCAAGAAGGUGAUUAUGCAGGCUUUCAGCCGCGAGGCACUCCAGUGCUACGUGCCAGUGAUCAUUGAAGAAGUGGGCAGUUGCCUGGAACGAUGGCUGAGCUGCGGCGAGCGCGGCCUUCUGGUCUACCCCGAGGUGAAGCGCCUCAUGUUCCGCAUCGCCAUGCGCAUCCUGCUGGGCUGUGAGCCCCCGCGGGCUGGCAGCGGAGAGGCAGAGCAGCAGCUAAUCGAAGCCUUUGAGGAGAUGACCCGCAAUCUCUUCUCGCUACCCAUCGACGUGCCUUUCAGCGGGUUGUACCGGGGCAUGAAGGCGCGGAACCUCAUUCACGCGCGCAUCGAGGAGAACAUUAGAGCCAAGAUCUGCCGGCUGCGGGCUGGGGAAGCAGACAGGAGCUGUAAAGACGCGCUGCAGCUGUUGAUUGAGCACUCCUGGGAAAGGGGAGAGCGGCUGGACAUGCAGGCACUAAAGCAAUCUUCAACUGAACUACUCUUUGGAGGACAUGAAACCACGGCCAGUGCAGCUACAUCUCUGAUCACUUACCUGGGACUGUAUCCUCAUGUUCUCCAGAAAGUUAGAGAGGAGCUGAAGAGUAAGGGCUUACUUUGCAAGAGCAAUCAAGACAACAAGUUGGACAUGGAAAUUCUGGAACAACUUAAGUAUAUAGGGUGUGUUAUUAAGGAGACCCUCCGACUGAAUCCCCCAGUUCCAGGAGGAUUUCGAGUUGCUCUGAAGACUUUUGAAUUAAAUGGAUACCAGAUUCCCAAGGGCUGGAAUGUUAUCUACAGUAUCUGUGAUACUCAUGAUGUGGCUGAUAUCUUCACUAACAAGGAGGAAUUUAAUCCUGACCGCUUUAUGCCGCCUCACCCAGAGGAUGCAUCUAGGUUCAGCUUCAUUCCAUUUGGAGGAGGCCUUAGGAGCUGUGUAGGCAAAGAAUUUGCAAAAAUUCUUCUCAAAAUAUUUACAGUGGAGCUGGCCAGGCAUUGUGACUGGCGGCUUCUAAAUGGACCUCCUACAAUGAAAACCAGUCCCACUGUAUAUCCUGUGGAUAAUCUCCCUGCAAGAUUCACUCAUUUCCAGGGAGAAGUCUGAUGGGCAUGAAUGCUCAAAACUUGGACUUAUUUGAAGUGUACAUAUGAGUUUUUAUAUACUGUUGUGUUGACUUAUUAUAUUUAAUUUCUAAAUGAUAUUAUAAUAUUUAUGUGUCUCUACUAUAGCACCAUGGUCUUUAAAUAUUAAAAUAAUGAAUUUGUAUAACUUCCAAAUGAAAUAAAAUUUGAAAAUAUUUUUCUUGCAUUGAACGAAAUGGAAAAAUCCACUGGUUUAAUGUUUGGACUUAACGUUUGUGACCAGAUUUCUAAAUGUUUACCUGGGUUGAUCUGU